GAAAGGAGAGAGAGCAGUGGGAGUGAUGUACUGUGCCAACAUGGAGGAUCUGCUCCAGCAGUCAGACUUUGUGAUGGUGGUGGUGAACCUGUCACCUGCCACCCAGAAACUGAUCGGUGAUGAACUAGCCAUGAUGAAACCUACCAGCACUCUCAUCAACAUCAGUAGAGGCCUCGUUGUAGACCAAGAUGCGUUGGUGGAAGCACUCCAGAAGAAAGUGAUCCGAGCCGCUGCACUGGAUGUGACUUAUCCUGAACCCCUACCAAUGCCACCCCUUGCUGCUCUUCCAAACGUCAUCAUCCUGCCCCACAUAGGGACCAACUCCGUUGAGACGAUGCAGAUAAUGGUGGAGAAGAUGGUGACCAACGCCCUGGCAGUACUAGGAGGGAACCAUCCUCCUGAUGAGGUCAAGGUGUAGGUCAGAGAAGUUUCCUCUAGGUACAGAUCUAGGACCAGUUUCUAUUCCCCCAAUCCUAACCUGAACCAUUAGUGGGCAAAAUGCAAAAUUUAAAACCAAAAUCGGCAUCUAGGGGCAACUUCCCCUAUUCCUCAGGAAUCACCCUGGACCCUCCAUGCCAGUUUUAACUAGCUGCCAUGCCUUAGAGCAGGGGUGUCAAACAUACGGCCCCGCACACGAGGGGGUCCAAUCUGACCCAUGGGUGGUUCGAGUGGCCUCAAAUAUUUAGGAAACAUUCAUGCAGUAUCUUGACUGUGUCCAGCUCGCUAAUAAUCCCGAAAUUAGAGCUACACAGUCAGGGAGCAAAUUUCUAAAAUGAUGGAUAAAGGACUAUUUUUUUCUCACAUUUUGACGGCAAGGAAAUACAACACAUUCAGUGCGGCCCUCCGGGGUCGUCGGGGUGCCCCCCUUCCAGCAUUGGGGAACAUCCGGCGCCAUGUCUAUUUCUAUGGGCACAAGCAGUGUUCCUGACACAAACUGUUCACACCCUUCUUGUUGGUGGAGAGAAUUUUGCAGGUUUAAAGCUUAUUUCCUGCAAUUCAACACAUUUUGUCAAGGGGUGCAAAUCAAAUGUUGCAGUUUUAAAGCAAAAAUAUUCUUGCAAUUCCAUACAUUUUGCCUUGUCUAAUGUGUAUACAUGUGAUAUUUGUGUGA